GAUCUUCACAUCUCGCGUGGCCGCGACCUUGUCGUAACGUGUACUUAGUUAAAAUUAGUCCCUAGACCAUGACUGCAGUGCAGCCAGAAUCAUUAGUUGAAUAUCUCGUAAUUGAGUACAGAUGGCUCCUUGCUGUAACGGUUUUGAUGCCCCUUUCAUUCCUGUGGAAGAUCUGGUCAUUUGCAAGAAACUAUGUGGUUUUCAAACUGAACACAGCUCCUCGAGCACACGAGAAAAAAGUUAAGGAUGUUCAAAGGCAGGUAAAAACCUGGUUAACUGGUGACCGCAGCACGCGACUAUGUACCGCUCGACCAUCAUGGCAGACCAUGUCUUUCAGACGAGGACUGUAUAAGAAAACUUUCACGAAUAUACAUAUUGAUCUCGUAGAUAUACUAGAAGUGGAUACUGAGAAUAUGACGGUACGAUGCGAGCCUUUAGUCACGAUGGGUCAAGUAUCGAAAACAUUAGAACCAUUGGGUCUUGCGUUAGCUGUGGUCCCAGAGUUGGACCAGCUUACAGUGGGAGGGCUGGUGAUGGGGACGGGGGUGGAGACGUCGUCACACGUUCAUGGAUUGUUCCAGCACAUUUGUGUCCAGUAUGAGCUCGUUUUAGCUGAUGGGUCUGUGGUAACGUGCAGUAAGGAUCAAAACGCUGACUUAUUUUAUGCUGUACCAUGGUCAUAUGGAACUUUAGGCUUCUUAACAUCUGCGACUAUAAAAGUGGUUCCGGCAAAGAAGUAUGUUCGUCUGGAAUACCAUCCCUUCCACAAUUUAUCAGAUCUGGCAAAUAAAUUUAGACAGGAGUCUCUUAAAGAUAGACCUAACCAGUUUACUGAAGCUCUUCUUUACGAUAAAGAUAGUGGUGUUGUGAUGACAGGUGAUAUGGUAGAUGAAAUUGGUAGUGAUGGACAGUUUAACCCUAUUGGCAAGUGGUAUUCUGAAUGGUUUUUCACGCAAGUAGAGAAAUUUUUGACUAGAAAGAACCAGAAAAGCAAUGUGGAGUACAUUCCUCUUCGGGACUACUAUCAUAGACACACGCGCAGCUUCUUUUGGGAAUUGCGGGAUAUAAUCCCAUUCGGCAAUCACCUGUUGUUCCGUCUCCUAUUCGGUUGGUUGAUGCCUCCAGAGGUAUCUCUACUGAAGCUUACUCAACCAAAAUCCGUCACUAAGCUUUAUAAUAAAGCGCACGUUAUACAAGACAUGCUGGUGCCAAUUCAAUCCUUAGAAAGCGCGGUACAAGUAUUCCAUAAAGAGUUUGAAGUAUAUCCAAUAUGGUUGUGUCCCUUAAAAUUGUUUAAUAAUCCAGGACAGCUAAAAAUCCGUUCUGGCCGGGAGUGGGAAAUGUUCGUAGAUAUCGGCGUUUAUGGAGUGCCUAAAGCUGAUGGCUUUGAAACGGUAUCAUCGACGAGGCGAAUCGAAAAAUUCGUCACUCAGCAUAAUGGUUAUCAAAUGUUGUAUGCAGACACGUAUACUACCCGAGACGAGUUCAGAGAUAUGUUUGAUCACACGCUGUACGACAAGAUACGAGAUACACUGCCGUACUGUAAAGAUGCUUUUCCAGAAAUAUAUGGGAAAGUUAAUAGAGAUGUUAGGAAAUAAUAUUUUAACUGUGUGUGUCCGACGUAAACUAAUUAUCAUUCGUCUUUGUACUGUGUAACUAUGCUUUGUUUCACUUGAACUUAUAGUUAAGUAGUAAUUAAUGAAUAUAUAAAUAAAAUGGA